CACUCAAAUCCAUUCGUUCCACAUGCUUUCUCCAACAACAAGAACCAAAGGAUAUUAAAUAUGACUUUGGUGGACAUAAUCUUCCAUCAUGGUAGGGAUUGGAUUAGAGAACCCCAUGUGUUAUAUUCUAAGAAGCUUGUUCACUCUUGGGAAGGUUAUGACUCUGACCUUAUUUCCUUUAUUGAUCUAGUAAAUGAGUACACUAGGGAAUUGAUGUAUAUAGGUGUUCAACAACUAAUUGUAAAUGGACCUUCUGGUAACUAUUAUGAAGUAGUUGAUGAUUCUGGGAUAAGACAGUUAUUGACUUUAAUAUCUGAUGAGUUUAAGUGUCUUAACUUCUAUGCAGUAGAUGAAUGUGAAUUAUCUGUGAAUGUUCCUAAUAUUAUCCAUUAUUUUGAUUCACAUCCAUCACUAACUGAAGUUGGUACAGAUUGUAGUGAGGUUGAGUGUGAGAGUGACAAUGACAGUGAGGGUGAUGAGGUAGGGUAUGAUUCUGAGGAAUUAGAAACAAUAGCAUGUCAAAAAAUAGAGAAAUUGAUGUUGGACUGCUAA